UGACAGGCACGGGGGGCUAUGGGGAAGGAGCUGUAGAACCCACCCAGAGGCAAUUAAGGGUAAAGGACGACAAAAAUAUUUGAUAAACUUUUUCCUCCCCCUCCUCCUCUUCCUCUCUCUUGCGUGAGGAUGACGAUGGAGGGAGGAUGAAAGAGAAGAAAGAGGGACAUGUCGAGAACAAAAACAACCAUUCAUCCUGUUUGAAGAAGAAGAAAAGGAUCGGAGAAGUUCAGGAUUUCUUUGGCGUCAUGAGGCACUCUUAAAGAAAAAAUAUCACCUCCUCCACUUUGAAAACUUUUUAGGACUCCUUCUGCGUCCUCCUCGCCGAUGGGGGCCGCGCCGGGCUCCGGCUGGGAGGAGGGCGAGUUCGAGUUCAAGUUGGUAUUUGAGGAGGACCCACCGCGGCCGGGCCGGGGGACAUCACCGGUGCAUUCAUCCAUACCGGAGAAGGGCUCCAUCGGCCGGGAGCGAAGCGACGUGAAGCCCGCUGACAGCAGCGGUAGUGGCGGAGGUGGUCGAGGUCACCUUGCUGCCACCCAUGCGGGCCACUCCAUCCGCAUCCCCAGCCCCCCGCCUUCAGACAAUCAGAGAGCCGGGAUGCAUUCCCCGCCUCCACGAAGAGUGAUGGUCAAGGAGUUCAGCGGAACCUACGAGAGCCUGCCGGCGCGCUCAGUUCAGGUUUCAGAGUCCCGAGUAGUGGAGUGUCCCAGCAUUCAGAUCACCACCAUCUCCCCCGAGGACGACCGGGCACCCUCCAUUUCCUGGGACAUGGAUGGCGGGGGCAGGUGGGAUAGAGAACGCCUCUAUCUACCUUUGCUGGACCCCUUCACCUACAGAGACAGAUGCCCUGGCUCGCUUAGCCCCAGCCCCGCCUCCAGCCCCUCCUCCCGCGGCUGGCUCAGUCCGGCUUCCAGCUGUGACUCCCUGCUGGUGGAGGAGGAGGAGCUCAAUGAGGCCGCCCUCCAUUUCGGCCUCUCGCCGUCCUCCAGGCCGACUUCACCGGGCGGUAAGAAGCGUAGGAACUCGCCCCUCGCAUCUCCAUGCUCCUCCCGUAGGGCAAGUUAUUCUGAGGAGCUGCAGGGGGGCAUCCUGGAGGGUGAAGACUCAGGCCUUACAUCACAAGUACCGGUCAACAACUGUGAGCUCAGCAUCCCACAGAAAACCAGGAAGACGUCUGUGGAGCAGUUAUCUCCAAGGGAGGUGGAUAAGGAGUCCCCGGCUUCCAGCUCCUCCUGCCUGCCUCCAGAGACCCAACAGACCAGGAGAGAACCCCCCACGAUGGGUAUGGACUACCUUUCGGUGCCCCCUGCUGUGGCUUGGGGUCGGACACGAGCCAGCGCCCACAGUCCUCUGUUCAGGUCCAACGCCCUGCCGCCACUCGACUGGCCCCUACCGUCCCAGUUUGACCAGUAUGAGCUGCGUAUUGAGGUGCAGCCCCGUCCCCACCACCGGGCCCACUACGAGACUGAGGGGAGCCGGGGAGCUGUCAAAGCCGUUCCGACGGGACAUCCUGUCGUGAAGCUGAGCGGAUACACGGAGAGGAAACCGCUUUCCCUUCAGGUUUUUGUCGGAACUGCAGACGACCGAUCCAUCAGGCCACAUCCUUUCUAUCAGAUACACAGGGUGACUGGAAAAAUGGUGGGCACCACAAGUCACGAGAGCAUCCAGACGGGGACCAAACUUCUGGACAUCCCUCUUAACCCGGAGAACCACAUGACCGCACUCAUUGACUGUGCCGGGAUUCUCAAGCUGAGGAACUCGGACAUUGAGCUGAGGAAAGGUGAAACCGACGUUGGGAGGAAAAACACACGCGUCCGCUUGGUCUUCCGCACUCAUCUUCCGUUGGUGCCGCCUGCUGCCCCCCCUGGUCGGGUCCUGGCUCUGCAAGUGGCCUCGCUGCCCAUUGAAUGUUCCCAGCGGUCAGCGCAGGAGCUUCCUGUCAUUGAGUCUGUCAGCCUCACAUCGUGUUCGGUGGAGGGCGGCGAGGAGCUGCUGCUGAGCGGCACCAACUUCAUGCCAAUCUCCAGGGUUUUUUUCAUGGAGAGAGGUACCGACGGUAAACUUCAGUGGGAGCAGGAGGCCCAUGUGGAUCGUGAUAACAGCAACGAGUGUUUGCUGCGUAUGAGGGUCCCGCCUUACUGCGACCUGUCCGUCAGUCGUCCAGUGUCGGUCAGUCUUUACGUGUCCAACGGGAAGAGGAAACGGAGCAGCACUCAUUGCUUCAAAUAUCUCCCCAUCAUGUUCCAGGAGGAGGACCCCCUGCUGUCCCGGCCCUUGGCCCUGCCUCAGUCCAGAAUGAACAGCGGCCUCCAUGUGAGGGGUAACCCCACGACAGAUGGCCAGGCGGGCCUUGGCCUCGGCUUCCACCUACCCCCCUACCCCUCCACCUACUCUCCCCCAUGCCCAGGCCUAGCCUACCAGGAGGAGUAUGCCGCUGAAGCGGCGGCGGAUGAUCCCGGCGGGUCGUGCCCCACCAUGUCCGAGCAUCAUCCCAACUUUGAGAACCUCGAGUUGGGUUUUACCGAGCUCCUCCCCCCUCUGUACCCCCGCGGUCCUCAACCUCCAUCCCCUUCCCCCUGGCUGGACUCCCCCUACCUGUCCUCCUCCCCUUCUCCCUCCCACUCCUCCUCUCUAAGUCCGUUCCCAGCCAGCAGCCCCAUCUCCACCUCGCCUCUGCCUCCGGUCCCCACCCCCCCGUACCUGCAGUACUCUGGUUAUACUCAGGAGAUGUGUCCCUCCCCUCCCACUCACCUGAACCCCUACCAAGACAUGUGUUCAGCACCCCAGUAUGAGAAUUGGGACACCCCAAGGAGGGUGCAGGGCAUUGGUCACGAGGAUGAGAGGGAUGCCAAAAUUCAGGAAUGUCCUCUGGAGUUCAGCAGCUCCGCCCACAUGCACCCUAUCACUUUUGAGGAAGUGACGGAGUACAUUGGGCAAGACUUGCAGUCCUACCAGGCCGCCUCCCAUAUGGACAGCAAGCAGCCACACUGAUCGUCACUCGGCAUCGUUUCUAUUGUAAUGCACUCGCUAUAUAGCACAACUUCCUGCUUCUCUUUAUUUUCCAUUAGCGGGACACUGUUUUGAUAUGAUUUUGGCCACAAAUACACCUUUAUUUGUUUUUCUAUAAAGAGACAUUGUUUUUGCAAUAUAAAUUAUCAAUGA